AUGGAUGUUGAUCCUGUAGCAUGUGAUGUUCCAAAAGUGGCACCAGGCAAUAACGAUUCAAACUUGCCUCCUGUGAACAAUCUCCUGCCUGACGAGCCCCUUCCUGGCGAGCCCCCUCAGGAAACAUCAUCUUCGGACACCGUGGAUGGGCCCUUGCCUGAUGAGCCCCUUCCUAAUGAGCCUCCUCAGGGAACGUCAUCCAUGGAUGAGCCUCUUCCCCUUCUCUCAUCGAAUCAAACCCCAGACUUUCCCAUUCCAUCAGGUUCUGAGAUGGACAUAGACUCACUCCUUGCCGCUUGGAGUAGCGGCCAAUUAUCUAUGCCUAAUGCAAAUUCCACGUACUAUCAAUCCUCUCAAAAUAACUCAGUAUCCCAAAACAGUGCCCUGUUCUUUCAAUCCCCUCAAGGAAGCCUGGUAUAUGACAAUUAUGCCCUUCUUCAGCUUCUACAAGACAACUCGUUCCCCAUUACUAAUGAGUUUCAACCUAAUAUACCGGCACCAUUGAGUAGCAAUGAUGUUUGGUCGGAUUCCUUCUCCUGGGACAAUUAUGGCCAUACUUCACCUGACCUUUCCUUGCCCAAUCCCACAUAUUUGAACUACAAUUCAUCCCAAACCAAAUCUAGCAUGUCUUCCAUGGCAUUUGCUUCAUCAUUAUCUCUUUCAUCCAUUGCGCAACCCUCCUUUCCCUCCGCCAAAUCUAGUAUGUCUUCUAUGGCAUCUACUUCGUCAUCCUCCGUUGUGCCAUCCUCCUUUCCCUCCACCAUCAUGCCAUCCGAGGAUGUGGUAAUGUCAGAGGUCGAGACGAUGUCAGACCUUGCAACAAAAAACAAUCAAACAUCGGCUGAAGUCCGUCCUCACAGCCUUUCGAAUAGAUCAGCCAAACAAGCAUCAGCACCUGUGAUCCCCUGGCGGGCCCGAAACCGUAAACCACCUGGCCCUAGAGAAGUGAAAACUCUCGUUGGUAGUGAACAGAGCACCCCUGUUUGGCAACUUCAAAGUCUUGCUUCAAUGCAGGAUCCCACAUUUGGCGAUGAUUGGGCAAACUUGCUGGAUAAGUGGAAUGCCUUGGAGACCAUCCUGAGUAAAGAGAAGUCUUCAGGAAAAUUACAGGCGCCUAAAAAACGGCCAAGUGUUUUGGCUGUAUGGUUGGAUGGCGUUCGCUCAUUUAGCGAUCUUCUCUCUAUUAACGAUGUCGAUCAAUUUGGUGAUGCUAUGGUAACGUGGUGGAAUUCGAUUCAACCAAACUGGAGGCAGAAUGUGGAGGGGCUGCCGCAACGCAAGUACAAUAAAACAUUUAUGUGUCUGCGCAAAGGAGGCCAGAAUGGGAUUGUCACAGUGAUAUUUGGUCUUUUCUGGUGGAGAAAGAAUCUGGAUGAUUCAUCACAAUGGUCUGCCUUGGUAACAGAUGUCAAUGAUAUGUUUGACACCCUCCUCAAUGCUACCGGACCUGAAAAGCAUCGUAUUCGAUAA